AUGGAACUACAGAAUGUCUGGACGAUGUACAAAGGACGUCGAGCCGCCCAGAAAGGAAUUUCUAAGGACAUUUGGUUACUGCGAAUGGAAAUGACGUUUCUUGUUGAUAAUCUACAGUACUACUUGCAGGUAUGUGUGUACAUCUAACCCAUAAAUCUUGUAGCAAGUCUGCCAACAAGUUGUGUUCGCACUGCUUGUCCCAAGUUGUCAACAAGUAUAGAACAAGCUGUUAACAACUUAUAACAACCUUGUUGAUAUGUUUGUGAUGUUACUCUGAGUGCAUAUCCACACCGGGCGAGCAUGAAAAAUAUGCCCGGCCACGGUGGGAUUCGAACCUACGACCUUUGGAAUACUAGCCCAAUGCUCUUCCAACUGAGCUACGCGGUCAGGACGGUUCGAGUAAGUGAUAUUUCGGAACAAUAUCUAGUUCCUUCAAUACCAAUGUGUUCUUGUAAUAUGAAUUUUUUUCUGUGCUGGUGUUGUGUACUCAGGUGAAUAAUAUGUUUGUGAUGUUACUCUGAGUGCAUAUCCGAACCGUCCUGACCGCGUAGCUCAGUUGGAAGAGCAUUGGGCUAGUAUUCCAAAGGUCGUAGGUUCGAAUCCCACCGUGGCCGGGCAUAUUUUUCAUGCUCGCCCGGUGUGGAUAUGCACUCAGAGUAACAUCACAAACAUAUUAUUCACCUGAGUACACAACACCAGCACAGAAAAAAAAAACCUUGUUGAUGUUAUCAGACUUGUCGUAAGUCCGAUACAGUCAUGAUAUAACAAUAUUGUUACAAGCUUGUAUCGUCAACCUUGUAACAUUCUUGUUAUAUUAUGACUGUAUCAGACUUGUUGGAACAACCUUGAAAAACGUCUGAUAAUGCCAUCAAGCUUGCUACAAGUUGUUAACAGCUUGUUCCAAACUUGUUACAACAACUAGGAACACGUAGUGCGAUCACAACUUGUCGACAGCUGGUGAACAUAUUUGUAACAACUUGUUUGCAGACCUGUAACAACUUGUGCGUUUUUACGUGUGUAACCCAUUGCCUUUUUUCACUACUGUAACAAGGUGGGCAAUUGCCCCCUUCUAGAAAAAUAGCCUCAACCUUUGGUCUCAACUACCCAGAGUGCAGAAAAUAACGUUCGUGUGACCCCAGAUUUUUCUAGGCGGACUACCCAAUCAAAACAUAAAAUCACAUGUGCAAAAUCAAUCUGAUUUUCUGUCAUCGAAACUUAAAGUCAUAGGACCGGAUAACCAAUAGGACCAAAUGACCAUGACUGGAUCUCUAGGGGGAACUCCUGAUACUGAGAUUAAAGGAGAACAGUUUAGAACUGAUAGAGCUGUCCAGUAUGGAUAAUUGUUAGCUUAGUUUCAUCUCCCAUUAUGCACGUGUUUAUUUAGGUUGAUGUUUUGGAGACGCAGUAUUCAAUCUUGUUGGAGAAAAUCAACAGCACAAGAGACUUCGAGACAUUACGGCUGGCUCAUGAUCAGUUUAUCACAACACUGCAUGCUCAGUCUUUCCUACUUAUGAGACAG